UACCACGAUUAAUUUGGGGAUAGAAACGAUAGAAACAGUGGCUAAAGACAAGCAGAAUGUAUUGAAUAUGAAAAAUGAAUAAUACCUUUGGAUUUAUUCAACGAAUUAUUGAACAGCCAUAAUUACAUUGUAUGCGAAGAUUUCUGAACGUGCGAUUGUAAACGCGUGGUGAAUUAAAGUGCACAUUACGAUUUAAUUGGACAUUUAAAAGGACAUAAAAAGAACAGACAGACAAAAAAACAAUUUGUUUACUUCUAAAACUAUGAAUUAAUGAAAAACGUUAAAUUAACUCAAAGUUUCGAGAGCAACAUUAGAAUUCUGAUGGUUUACAUUAACUAUCCGUGAUUAGUUCGGAUGGCUAAUUUUUCUCUCGUGUGUACUUGGCCAAUCCAACAGUCGCCACAAAUGUCAAACACAUAUUGUCAACAAAACAGUUCUUUUCGGCAAGAAAUAAGUGUAAAAAUAACAGUGAGCCAUAACAGCCUACAGUCGCGAAAAAUGCCCACAUCGAUUGCGAAAUAUCGACGGAAUUAACAGUGUUUAGGGCAUUUUCGCAACCAACAUCCAUUCCAUCUCUGUUCCCCAAUAGAAUUCUUCUACGUCGGCGAAGGAAUACAAACCGGCCAAAAACCGUUUUCCGAUCGAAACCAGGACAUAGGGCGCUCCUCACCGGAGGUGCCCCUAUUGUACGCUUGUUCGAAACUGUACUGCAACAUGACGAUUCACCGAGCAGCAUGGUUGUUGCUAUGCCACCGGAGUCAGCUGCACCAGGUACCGAUGAGAAAUCUUUCGCUCGGAUGCCCAAGGUCGCACGCGUGGACAGACGUCUUGCUAGCUGGGCAAGCGUUGCGCUGUGAUAGACGAUACAACCAAAGAAGUUUCACCUCGUCACGCAUCGUCAAACAGUCGAAGGAGGAACAAGACAAGCUGAAGGAAAAGGUGCAAACUAAAGGUAGCGCGAACCCACCGAUUGAGCAAGAAUCGCGGCUAGAGAUAGACACGAAGCACGGUAAACUGCUGGUGAAAACAACGCUGGCCGAUUCAAAGCUGCAGGAGAUUAUAAUCGAGAAACCAAAAACCGAAACCACACUAAAGGAAGCGGCAACAUCCGUAAUCGCCAGAAAGGAAGAUUUGCCCAAAACAUCACUCCUUGCCGAAGAGGAUGCCCGAGCCAAAGCGGAAGCCGAUCUGAAGGAACAGCUUGCUGAAAAGAAUCGUCAGCUGGCGAAGAAACGCAUUCGGGUAGAUUUUUCCCGUUCCUCGCUGGAACGAAACUUUAUCACACCGGUACGGGCGAUGUCCGACUUUUUGCUAAAACCGUCCGACUUGGAAGCGCUGGCAAAAACGAAACGUCGCUCACCGUACGAACAGGAGCCGCCGAUAACGGUCUACUGGAGAAAGGAUGUGGAGGCGAAGGCGAUCGAGGUGUGGGGUUCGCGGGAAAAUCUCCUAAAGGAAUGUUUGAAACGAGAAAUCGAGAAAAAGAUGCACCAACAGAAUAUAUUUACGGUAAAACGACGAUUGCGGGACUAUCGGCGAGAAAUAGGCAGCCGAACAAAUGUGGUCGAUUCCGAACCGGGACUGUUUGGGAAAUCGGGCAAGGUUGUGCUGACGGCCAUUGCAAUCAAUGCAACCAACUGUCUGUUCAAGUUCGGUGCCUGGCUAUACACGGGUUCGCACAGUAUGUUUGCGGAAACAAUACAUUCGCUUGCGGACACGAUCAACCAGCUCAUACUGGCUUACGGCAUUCACAAAUCGACGCAGAUCGCCGAUUCCGACCAUCCGUACGGCUAUAGCAAUAUGAAGUAUGUGUCAUCGCUAAUAUCCGGUGUGGGUAUUUUCUGUGUCGGGACUGGCUUAUCGUUCUAUCAUGGCAUCAUGGGUCUGGUGGAUCCCCACCCGAUCGAUGACUUCUUCUGGGCAUUCUUCAUCCUAGGUGGUUCACUGGUGUCGGAAGGUGCCACCCUGCUGGUAGCAAUCAACAGCUGUCGAAGUGGUGCAAAAGCCCUAGGAAUGAGCUUUAGAGAUUACGUGGCCCGUGGACAGGAUCCGUGCGUUAAUGUAGUACUUACAGAAGAUGCCGCCGCGGUAUUAAGUGUAGCUCUAGCGGCGACCUGUAUGGGUCUUUCCACCUACACCGGUUCGCCAAUUCCGGACGCGGUUGGUUCGUUGCUGGUAGGCUGCAUGCUCGGGGGCGUGGCAUCUUUCAUCAUCUACACGAACGUGGCAGCAUUAGUCGGACGUUCAAUUCGCCAGGAGAAUCUGGACAAAAUUAACGCCGAACUGGAGAGUGACAUUAUGAUCCGGGCAAUCCAUGACGUCAAGGGUAUAGAUAUGGGGAACUCAUUGGUUAGAUAUAAGGCUGAAAUGGAUUUCGAUGGCCGUGAGGUGACACGCGUAUAUCUGGAUAAGCAGGAUUUGAACCUGCUGCUAGAGGAGGUGCGCACGUUCCAGACGAUCGACGAACUGGAAGCGUUUCUGCUGAAACACGGCGAAAACAUUGUCGAUCUGAUGGGCGGUGAAAUUGAUAGGAUUGAAAUGAAACUAAGGAAAAAAUUCCCCGAAAUAAGACACUGUGAUUUGGAGAUACUGUAAGCUCUAAAAGUUAUUUGCUUCCUGUUUUUUUUUUUUUUUAAUUUUAACGUCUUAAAACGAGCAAGUUUUGCGGCUUUAUAGCUGCUUUAUAGCAGUAUAAACGAAGCAAAGUUAUCAAAAAACUGUCCAUGAAGCAGCCUGUUGGCUGUUUCAGCUGAAGUACAAGAGGGAAGAAAGGUAUAAAGUUUAAAACAAAACAAAAAAGUUUCUCCCGUCAUCCAAUUCUCGAUGCUCGGCCGUUCACUGUUAGACAAUAUUGUGCUACUAAUAGAACCAAUAAAUGCAAAGCAAACAAUACAAUAAAACUCUAA